AUGGCCCUCAUCCUCAACCCCAGGCUGUCCGCCAUUUGCGCCCUCCUCCUCCUCGCCGUCUCCACAGAUGCAGCCUUGCCCCAGCCAGAAGCCGUUUCGGUGCCGGGCAGCGUCUUGAGCUCUGCGGCAAGCGUGCUCUCCUCGCUCGCGUCCAGCGUGUCCUUCCCCUCCCUCACUGGCACGCUCACCGCGAGCGCUGUAGUGCCCAGUGCAUCUACCGUGACCGCGUCCAUUUCGACCGUCUCUGCCGCGUCCGCGUCGCUCUCGACCUUCUCUACUGCCUCUGCCUCGUUCUCUACUGUCUCUACCGUGUCCGUGUCGUUUUCGACCGCCUCCUCUGUGUCCGCAUCCGGAUCUUUGUCGACCCUCUCCAGCGCCGCUUCCUCCGCCGCGUCCGCUUCCUCUGCGGCAACCACCAUCAACACUGGCCCCGUGACCGAAACCACCCUGAUCACGCUCCCGAUCUCCUCCUACCCCUUCUCCGCCUUCCCCGUCCCCUCCGCCCCGCCCGUCCCCGGCGUCUUCCCUUCGACCUCCCCGUCCUCGCCCCCGCCCCCCGGCUCCCCGCUCGUGCCCGACUUCGGCCCCGCCUGGGCCGCCGCGCACGCCAAGGCGCGCGCGCUCGUCUCCACGCUCACCCUCGAGCAAAAAGCGAACGUCUCGACCGGCGUCGGCUGGAUGGGCGGCCGCUGCGUGGGCAACAUCCCGCCCGCGGGCGCGUGGCCCGGGCUGUGCCUCGAGGACUCGCCCUUGGGGGUGCGCGACACGGACUUCGUGACCGCGUUCCCGGCGGGGAUUAACGCGGCGGCGACGUUCAACCGCACGCUGCUGCGCGCGCGGGGCAAGGCGAUCGGGCAGGAGUUCAAGGGGAAGGGCGCGCACGUGGGCCUGGGGCCGAUGAUGAACAUGGGGCGGAUCGCGCAGGGGGGCAGGAACUGGGAGGGGUUCGGGGCGGACCCGUUCUUGAGCGGGGAGAGCGCGUACGAGACGGUGCUCGGGUGGCAGGCGGGCGGCGCGCAGGCGUGCGCGAAGCAUUAUGUCAACAACGAGCAGGAGCACCUGCGGCAGGAGGAGUCGUCGGACGUCGACGAUCGGACGGAGCACGAGAUCUACGUGCACCCGUUCAUGCGCGCCGUCCAGGCGGGCGUCGCGAGCGUCAUGUGCAGCUACAACCAAGUGAACACGUCGUGGGCGUGCGAGAACGACCGGACGCUGAACCAGAUCCUCAAGGGCGAGAUCGGCUUCCAGGGCUACGUCAUGUCCGACUGGGGCGCGCACCACUCGACGCUCGCCGCCGUCGCCGGCCUCGACAUGUCGAUGCCGGGCGACAUCUCGUUCGGCUCGGGCACGAGCUGGUGGGGCGCGAACCUGACCGCGUUCGUCGAGAACGGCACGAUCGCCGAGGCGCGCCUGAACGACAUGGCCGAGCGCGUCGUCGCCGGCUGGUACCUCCUCGGCCAGGACGAGAACUACCCCGAAGUGAGCUUCAACGCGUUCUUCCAGAACGACCCGGCGACGAACGCGCACGUGGACGUGCAGGACGACCACUUCCAGGUCGUCCGCGCGAUCGGCGCGGCGAGCGCGGUCCUGCUCAAGAACACCGCCGGCGCCCUCCCGCUCCGCAAGCCGAAGUCGAUCGCUAUCAUCGGGAACGACUCUGGGCCGAGCAGCCGCGGGCCGAACGGCUACAGCGACCGCGGGGGCGACGACGGCACGCUCGCGAUGGGCUGGGGCUCCGGCACGACGAACUUCCCGUACCUCAUCACGCCGCUCGAGGCGAUCCAGGCGCGCGCGCGCGAGGACCGCUCCAGCGUCUCGUGGUUCCUCGGCGACUGGGACCUCGCGGGCGCGGCGGCGACCGCGCUCGACCAGGACGUCGCGCUCGUGUUCGCGAACGCGGACUCGGGCGAGGACUACAUCACCGUCGACGGGAACGAGGGCGACCGCAAGAACCUGACGCUCUGGGGGAACGCGGACCGGCUCGUCGCCGCCGUCGCCGCCGCGAACCCGAACACCGUCGUCGUCGUGCACGCGGUCGGGCCCGCGAUCGUCGAGGCGUGGAUCGAGAACCCGAACGUGACCGCGGUGCUGUGGGCGGGGCUCCCCGGGCAGGAGUCGGGCAACGGGCUCGUGGACGUGCUGUACGGGGCGGUGAGCCCGUCCGGGCGGCUGCCGUACACGAUCGCGAAGAGCGCGGCGGACUACCCCGCGCAGCUCAUCACGGGCGGGAACACGGACGAGAUCAUCCGGAUCGCGUACACGGAGGGUUUGAACAUCGACUACCGGCACUUUGACGCCGCGGGCAUCGCGCCGCGCUUCGAGUUCGGCUUCGGGCUGUCGUACACCACCUUCGCGUACUCGGACCUCGCGGUGUGGCCCGUGCGCCAGAACGACCGGACGUCGGCGGGCCUGGAGGCGGCGUGGGCGGCGGGCAAGGCGAGCCCGAACGUCGAGGGCGGCUCGACCGCGCUGUGGCUGCACCGCCCGGCGUUCGAGGUCUCCUUCACGGUGCAGAACACGGGCAAGGUCAAGGGCGGCGAGAUCCCGCAGCUCUACCUGCACUUCCCGGCGAGCGCGGGCGAGCCGCCGAGCGUCCUGCGCGGGUUCUCGGACGUGCUCCUCAACCCGGGCGAGAGCAGGACGGUGUCGCUCACGCUCUCGCGCUACGACCUGAGCGUCUGGGACACCGUCGCGCAGGGCUGGCGCAAGCCGAGCGGCAGGUUCACGUUCUCCGUGGGCGCGAGCAGCCGCGACUUCCGCUUGAAGGGCAGCAUCCCCGUCUGAGCCCGGGAGCGAUGUGCGCGAGGGGUAGUUGUACUUGAUACUUCGCACUCAACUCGAUGCAAAAAAUGAACGAGAGGGGUCUAGGGCUGGAUGGCGGGUUUGGAUACGUACAUACUGACAUUGUGGACUUGUACCUGCGUACCAACUAGACUGAUGUACUCAAUGUUCAGUUGUGAUAGAUGCACAACGGCAACUGUGUAAUGACGCAGUUACGGUAGCAUGGCCUGCG